AUGCCUCAGCUCCGUCUUGGAAGAUCUAUGGGGGUUGGCGGUAGGCGGUUGGCUGGUCCCAUCGGAGAGGAUAUAGCCGAUGCUGGCAACCGAGAAUUUAGGGGGAACGCCAGAGGCGAGGAGGAGAGAAGGAAGGAGGGAGCAAAAUAUCUUUCCCCCCCCCUCCAUUUAUUUUUAAAUUAUUUUUGCACCAGAAAACAAUAAUAAUAAUUUCAUUCCUCUGGCGAGCCGGAGUGCCGACACCUCCGAGGGGGGGAGGGAGCCAGCAGGAGGCUUAACCCCCCCUCCCCCCCUACAAAUCCUUUCCCUCCUUCUCCCUCCUCUCUCGUGUUGCCCGGUGGAUUGGGGGAGAGGAAAAAAGGAAUACAUAAGAAAUAAUGCGAGGUCCGGCUAGAGCGCUAAUUAAAAAUGUAUUGUUAUUAUUAUCACCUUUUUAACGAUAUCUUACGGGAUAUAAUUACAGGGCAUAUAGUGAGGCUGGCAAAUAAUGUUUUUGUACCAAAAGGCAAGAGUAAAAAGUACUCGUACUGUACUCGUACAAAGUGAGGGGAUGGAACAGAAGGAAAAAAAAAAAAGGGGGGGAGAUCCGGCACAAACAAGAGGCGAGGGAGAAUGGAAAUUUUUAGGAGUAAAACAUCCCCGAGCUCAGUAGUAAUACCGUGUCGUUGUGUUAUGCGGAAACAAUUUUUCGGACCCAGAUAUCACCAGGGAGAGGGAGAGGGAGAGGCAGAGGGAGAAAGCAUAGUUUACCGGUAGUAGCAAUAAGCAGGUAACAGGGAGUUCAGUAGCACGACUUAGGUGGGUGCAGGAUAUUUACGGAGGCUGUGAUAGUUAC